UAAAGCUCAAAUUUUUUUCUUUUGAAUUAAGAUGUGCAAGAUAAUUGAUGGAUUGCCAAAAGGAGCUUCAAAACUCAGUCGGGCAUUUGCUGCAGCAAGUUUAUAUUACAAUUAUACACAAACAGAAAAAUGUUUCAAUUUAGAAGGCGGUACUGAUGCUCAUGGCCUUCAUGGUUGGGACUGGCAGGCAUGUACAGAAAUGGUUAUGCCAAUGACUUGUUCAAAUGAAAGCAUGUUUCCUCCAUCUUCCUAUAGCUACAAGGAGUUCAGACAAGAUUGCAAGAAAAGAUAUGGAGUUGAGCCUAGACCACAUUGGAUCACUACCGAAUUUGGUGGUUAUAGAAUUGAACAAGUCCUUAAGAGAUUUGGCAGCAACAUGAUAUUCUCUAAUGGAAUGCAAGAUCCAUGGAGCAGAGGAGGUGUGCUGAAAAAUAUAUCAGCUAGCAUUGUGGCUCUGGUAACUCAGAAAGGUGCACACCAUGUUGACUUUCGAUCUGAGACAAAGAAUGAUCCAGACUGGUUAAUCAUCCAAAGGAAGCAAGAAAUGGCUAUUAUUCACAAGUGGUUAGAAGAGUACUACACAGAUCUCAAACAAAAUUAGAUAUGAUAUGCAUAUUAGUGUCACUUGUUUCAAGGCACAUGCAUUAUAUCACUUUGGACACAGUGGAAGAGAAUAAAAAGGUGUUAUGAGAAAAAAGAGAAACUAUACUGAGUUU